AUGGGUGCUUGUUUGGAGAAGAGCCCACACGGAACACGAAAUCCCUAUGGCCAUAAUGCAGGCGUAACAGACUUCGUGAGCAAUGUGUCAAGAUUCAAGAUCAUUGAGAGCACCCUGCGUGAGGGCGAGCAGUUUGCCAAUGCCUUUUUUGACACGGAGAAGAAGAUUGAAAUCGCGAAGGCCUUGGAUGAAUUUGGAGUAGAUUAUAUUGAACUUACUAGCCCAUGUGCUUCAGAGCAAUCAAGGAAGGAUUGCGAAGCUAUAUGCAAGCUUGGAUUGAAGGCCAAGAUUCUUACACAUAUCCGAUGCCAUAUGGAUGAUGCGCGGAUAGCUGUUGAGACUGGUGUUGAUGGAGUUGACGUUGUUAUUGGUACCUCUUCGUAUCUCCGCGAGCACUCCCACGGAAAGGAUAUGACCUACAUCAAAAACACAGCAAUUGAAGUCAUCCAAUUCGUCAAGUCCAAGGGCAUCGAAGUCAGAUUCUCUAGCGAAGACUCCUUCCGAUCCGAUCUGGUCGACCUCCUUUCCAUAUACACUGCGGUGGAUGAAAUUGGUGUCAACCGUGUUGGUAUCGCAGAUACCGUUGGCUGCGCUUCACCACGGCAAGUCUACGACCUUGUCCGCGUCCUCCGCGGCAUAGUCAAGUGUGACAUUGAAAUUCAUCUCCACAACGACACAGGCUGCGCCAUCGCCAACGCCUAUUGCGCUCUCGAAGCUGGCGCAACGCACAUUGACACCUCCGUUCUUGGCAUUGGUGAGCGCAACGGCAUCACCCCCCUAGGCGGCCUGAUGGCCCGCAUGAUAGCCGCGGACCGCAACUACGUCAAGAGCAAGUACAAGCUCGAGAAGAUCAAGGACCUCGAAGACCUCGUCGCCGAAGCCGUGCAGGUCAACAUUCCCUUCAACAACUACAUCACGGGCUUCUGCGCCUUCACGCACAAGGCAGGUAUCCACGCCAAGGCCAUUCUCAACAACCCUAGCACGUACGAGAUCAUCAACCCGGCCGAUUUCGGCAUGACCCGCUACGUCCACUUCGCCUCUCGAUUGACUGGGUGGAAUGCCAUCAAGUCCCGCGCGCAGCAACUUAAUAUCGAAAUGACUGAUGCAGAGUACAAGGAGUGCACGGCCAAGAUUAAGCAGCUGGCUGAUAUCAGGCCCAUUGCUAUUGACGAUGCGGAUAGCAUUAUCCGUGCAUAUCAUCGGAUUCUCAAGUUUGGUGAGCAUGUGCCGUUGUUAGAUUUGACAGCUGAGGAGAAGGAGCGGUUAGCAGUGAAGGAGAAGGAGAUGGCGGGUAAGGAGGCUGAAGUUAUCGGAUAG